AUGUCGCAGCAAGAAACUUCAGGGAAUAAAUCAGCUCCUAGUCGCCCAUCCCAGCCGAUAAGACAAUUCACUCCUGGGCCUCCUGACAACUCUGGUGUCGACUACGUCAAAGAGAACAUCUCAAAGCAGCAGAAAAGCAACUUUCACUCCUCUUCUUUGAGCAACCCGUCAGAGAUCACAAUGGUCGCCGAACGUGUCAACAAGACGGCGCUGCACCCAGGUGGUGUCGAGCCACGCCACGAGCACACGGAGCUUGAGGAGGAGCUCCACGACCGAGCACACAUCGACUACGACCGUGUAGCCAUUAUUGCCAACCCUUCAGUCGCUGCACUCUACGAAGAUGCCCUCGUCUACGAGACCGGCUCUGCCAUCACCUCGACCGGAGCUCUCUCUGCAUACUCUGGAGCCAAGACCGGGCGCUCGCCCUCGGAUAAGCGAAUCGUCAAAGAGGAGGGCAGUGAAUCAAACGUAUGGUGGGGACCGGUCAACAAGCCCAUGACACCCGAGGUCUGGCGCAUCAACAGAGAACGUGCCGUCGACUACCUCAACACCAGGAACCGCAUUUAUGUCAUUGAUGGCUACGCCGGCUGGGAUGAGCGCUACCGGAUCAACGUCCGUGUCGUCUGCGCUCGUGCCUACCAUGCACUCUUCAUGUACAACAUGCUUAUCCGGCCAUCGCGCAAGGAGCUCGAGCACUUCCACCCUGACUACGUGAUCUACAAUGCCGGUGCUUUCCCAGCCAACAGGUACACUACCAGCAUGACCUCCAACACCUCGCACAAUGUGCUGACCUUGCACUCGUCAGCCAACGAGGGUCAAAACGGCGACGUUACAGUUUUCUUUGGUCUUUCGGGAACUGGCAAGACGACACUCUCUGCGGACCCGAAGCGAGCACUGAUCGGAGAUGACGAGCACUGCUGGAGUGACAACGGUGUCUUCAACAUCGAGGGAGGCUGCUAUGCCAAGUGCAUCGGUCUAUCUGCCGAAAAGGAGCCCGACAUCUUCAACGCCAUCAAGUUCGGCUCGAUCUUGGAGAACGUGGUGUUCGACCCCGAGACCCGUGUGGUCGACUACGACGACACUACCUUGACAGAGAACACUCGCUGCGCCUACCCGAUCGAGUACAUUGAGAAUACCAAGAUCCCUUGUGUCUCGACGAAUCACCCAUCGAACAUUAUCCUGCUUACCUGCGAUGCCCGUGGUGUGCUACCACCAAUCUCGAAGCUUACCAAGAGCCAGACCAUGUUCCACUUCAUCAGCGGUUACACCUCGAAGAUGGCAGGAACAGAACAAGGUGUCACCGAGCCACAGGCCACUUUCUCGUCAUGCUUCGCACAGCCAUUCUUGGCACUGCACCCAAUGCGUUACGCAAGCAUGUUGGCAGACAAGAUCGAACACCAUCAGACCAACGCAUGGUUGUUGAACACUGGCUGGACAGGCGCUGGUGCUACCACAGGUGGCAAGCGUUGUCCACUCAAGUACACUCGUGCUAUCCUGGACUCCAUCCACAGUGGUGAGCUCGCGAAGGCGGAGUUCGAGAAUUACGAGGUCUUCAACUUGCAGGUGCCCAAGACCUGCAAGGAUGCCACUCCCGAGGUAUUGAAGGCUGGUCCCCAGGUAUAG